CUUUGACUGUCACACCUCACCAGUGUUCAGCCCUGCUAACCCUGAAAGCUCCGUAGAGGACUGCUUGGCCCAGCUUGGAGAGAGAGUGUCCCGAGACCUGAGCGAACCUUUGCAGAAAGCGCUGCAGAUGAUCCUCAGCCAAUUUUGGUGCCUCUAGUUUUGCUACAACAAAUGCUUUUGGAAUUGGCACGGCGUGGUCAAGAGCCUUUGAGUACGCUGCUACAGUUUGGUGUGAUGUAUCUGGAGGAGCACGGAGCAGAGUUCAUCAUUCAGCAAGGUGGCUGGGGCACCGUCUUUAGUCUUGAGUCUGAGGAGGAGGAAUUCCCUGGAAUCAUUGCAGAAGAUAGCAAUGACAUUUAUAUACUGCCCAGUGACAACUCCGGACAAGUUAGUCCCCCUGAGUCUCCCACAGUGACAACGUCUUGGCAGUCAGAGAGCCUGCCUGUCUCACUGUCUGCCAGCCAGAGCUGGCACACAGAAAGCCUCCCGGUGUCCCUCGGGCCUGAGUCCUGGCAGCAGAUUGCAAUGGAUCCUGAAGAAGUGAAGAGCCUAGAUAGCAGCGGGGCUGGAGAGAAGAGUGAGAACAAUUCCUCUAACUCUGACAUCGUGCAUGUGGAGAAGGAGGAGGUACCAGAGGAGGCCUUCCCGGGAGCCACUGGUCCCUUGCUCCCACAGGUCACUCCCAUGGAAGCCUCAGAAAUGAUGAGAGUUGAGAAAACCAGCCCCACGCCAUCUGUGUUUGUGGAGCUUGGUGAGGAAGAUCUGGAAGUUGUAACAGUGAGACCCGAUGCUGUGGAAGGGGCCGCUCAGCUGAGCGAGGAGAGAUCUGGGAGGAGGAGAAAGAGCCACACUGGGGAGGCCAUCGCUGCCAGGGGGACAAAGAGUGGCCUGCCUGCUGAGGGCAAGGCUGUACUGCUCUUUGGAGGGGCCGCUGCGGUGGCUCUCUUGGCUGUGGCAGUUGGAGUUGCACUGGCUUUAAGGAAGAAGUAACAGUCCGUUCAGACGAGAGACAAGACGGACAGACCUGCGGCUUUAGUUGUAUUCACCGGGACUUAGACUGCCAGCAACUGACUGGACGUUACAGGACACUGGGGGAGUUAGACUUCCUGUUCAGCGUGGCAAUGGCUUGAGACAGUGUUCACAUUGGCCUGGUUGUCAUUUUAAGGGCCUUGGCUCAUGCUAGAUUCAGAAGGGCAAGAGAGAAGUUCCCAUCUACAACAGGUUAGUGAACUUGGCACCGUUGGCCUUUCAGUAAUUCUGUGUAGGAGGCCGCCCUGUGCAUUACGUAAUGAUCGGCAACAUCCCUGCCUUCUACCCACUAGAUGCCACUGGACCCCACUCAUGGUGACGGUAGCCAAAAAUGUCUCCUACAUUGCCAAAUGUCCCCUGUGGACAAAGUCAUCUCCCUUUUGAGGGCCACUGCUUUAAGGGAUAGGGUUCAAUUAGGAGAAUCGGGGAGGAACCUGCAGCUGGGAUGGCCAGCUGUUCAUCCUGUUGCGGUUUCUCAGGACAGUGAGCUGACUGUGCUGUGCAGCUGUUUUUUUCUGGUCCCCAUUCUGUAGCGUGAGGUGCUCUCCCACCGCACUGCCAUCUGCGUGAGCAGCGCAGUGUCUCACCCUGUACUUCUUUCACACUCAACUUCCUGAAGCUCCCCACGGCUCCGUCUUUCAAAGAUCCUUCAGGGACCUGUUAAUUGAUAAAUACCCAGUCCAGGUGUGGUGGCAUCUGCCUGUAGUCCCAGCAUUUAUGAAGCAGAGACAGAGAUGAACCCAAGUUCAAAGCUAGCCUAGUACACACUGUCCCAAGAAAAGGAUAACUGCACUGACGCUCUGUAGGAGACUGAGGGUUCCCAGCCUGAUUGCCAGGGCAGAGUACAGGCUGCAGUCAUUGGUCUUAGAAGCAGGAAGGUGGUCAGCGUGACCCGGCGAGGUCUAUUUGAGCUCUUACAGGUAUAGCCAGCCAUCCCACGUGCUUCUGAUAAGUCUGAUAAGGGACACCUCUGAUGGCAUACAUGCCAUCUAGAACCCUGGAGUAGUGUUCUUGGGUGUUGGACUGUCAUCAGCUUCUCUGUGGGUCUCUGCAUGUAGGAAUCUGUCAUCCUUUGGCUUACAGAACCAAUUGGGUCAUAAUCCUUACUCAGUGUAAAUCACUGAAAUAAAUGAUAAAGCUUUAUCAUUUAUUAUUAGGUAUCACUUAAAUUUAAGACCAAGACUGAUGCUGAGGUUCUGGUUUAAUCUUUAGCAUUGAAGAGACUUCUUGGCCUGAGUUCAGCGCAGCACCAGGGCCACAGACGCAGAGGGACCCAGGCACUCACUGUAGCUAGUGGGACUCGGCAGUCGCGUAUCACCUGGCUGACCCCAUCCCUCAAGGAAGGUGGGACUGUCUUUCUCUUGCCGGAGGGCACAGUGCCACCCUGCAAGGCACACAUGCUUGAUAAGAAGUCAUCUCAGAUUUAUCUUAGUCAUGUAACAUUACUUCUUAGAUCCUGAAGUUUAUAAUAAAAGUACUUUUAUCUACUCUAAUCACCAAGAGCUGAUGUUUUGAAUGUGCCUGAUUUUUUUAGAAAGUAUUUUUAAAAGAAGCUUUCCCCAAAGAGUUGAUGAAGAGAUUUUAUUUUAGCGUGACUGUGUGUCCUGUUAAUGUGUCCCACUGUGAUGUCCUCCUGAGUUUCAGUCCCAUGCAGGGAGUAAAGGUUGUGGGGCUCUCAUGUUGCUGAAGGUGGUGGGAGUUCCCUCGAGUUCUCACUGGUGGUGUGGCUGUGUGUUGUUCACAGGCCUCAGAGGCUGGAGGCUCGCUGGGCUUUUUUUUUUAAAUGAUUUUUCUUUUAGUGUUAACACUUUUGAACUUUGGAUUCUCGUAAACACUAAGAGCCAAGUUCAGGUGGGAGUUGGUAAGACAUGGCCUUUGUUUUAGGGUAUUUGUAUCUGUGUUCUCCAAGGCAGGGACAGGGAAGAAGCUAGCAUUGAGCGAAUUGCUGGUUGCUUUAUUUUACUGCCCUGUGAACACUCAACCUAAUUUCUCAAGUAUAUGUUUCUGGGUGACGGCAAAGUGGUAAUUUCCACUGGCUCUCCCCACACGGACUUAACCCUGUUCUUCCUUACCUCAAUGUCCCGUGCUUGGCAGUGGGGUGGAGUAGCCACAAAUGGUUCUGUCACCACAGCUCCUACGUUUGCCAUCACCUUAAAAACAUCUCCCUGUGUAGCCUAGGCAGGUCUUGAACUUAUAGUCCAGCUUCAGGACUGAGAUUACAAGCAUGUGUCACCAUGCCUGGUCUUUCUUUUACGUUAAAAUUAGUUCUCAAAUCCUUGUCCAACUUAGGGGCGUGGUGGUAGGAGGCUCUUCUUGCCCUCUGACUACAGAUACAGGAUACAUUCAACUCGAUUAGGGAACACGGCACCAGAACUGAGUCGCUGUGGCAUCCUGUUCUUUGUAAACUUGAGGGAAGUUUUACUAGUUCUGUGAGGCAGACCGUUGUCGUGUGUGCACUUUGUCCUUGGAAUUGUGCUGCAUCCUAGGGACGUGCUCCAUGCCUCCUGCACCUCAGUCCUCGGUAGAGUUCUGUUCAUUCGGUGAAUGACUGAUGUUCACUUAGCCAAACCCCAGUGAGGUUUUCCUGACAAAUACCUAAAGAGCACCCACUUGCUGCACUGAAGUGGCCAGCAAGUAUGGUCCUGAGUCCAGAGUGCCUUAGCAGGAGGGCCUUAUGUGAGCAUCACUGCCUUCUAGAAGAUGGUCUAUUUCAGUGUGUGUCACGAACCCUUUGGGGACUGAAUGACCCUUUCACAGGGAUCAAUUAUCAGAUAUCCUGCAUAUCAGAUAUUUAUAUUAUAAUUCAUAACAGUAGCAAAGUUACAGUUAUGAAGUAGCAACAAAAUAAUUUUAAGGCGGGGCGUUACCAUGACGUGAGGAACUGUAUUAAAGGGUUGCAUCGUUAGGAAGGUGAGAACCACUGGUCUCGCUGCACUCGUUUGGUCUGGUUCAUGUACAUUUCACCCAAAGCAUCCCUGGUUCCUCUUGCCAGUGUAUCAGUCCCUUCGGGUGUCCUUGACUGAGUAGAGUGAAAGUCCUCGGAGCCUGGUCUUUUGAAGGCUGCCACCACUUGUGAGCCUCUGUGCUAAGCCCCCAGCUAGAGAACAGUGCCUGCUGUGUCUUCUGUUCUAAAGGUGAGAAGUGGGCGUUUGACCUUUUAAGUUCCACUUGGUGGAAACUACACUUUCUAGCUAAGAAAGAGUUCUCUUUCCCGACCUCUCAUUUUAGGUCUUCAUGGAGUCUGCAUGAACUCUGUGCUCACUAGUGUGCUGAACCUUGGCCUCCGUCUCACACACCCAUGAUCUGUUAUCCACAGUGCAGCACUGAAAGCCUCCACUUGUGAAAUGGCUGUGACACGCCACCCUCUGAAGUGAGCCGUGUGGGUUGCUGUUCCUUUUGCUGAUACUGAUUUGAGCACUUAGUGCAUGCCAGAGGCUGGAGGGCUUUCACGUCCUACAACUCCCCCAGGUCCUGUCUAGACUUCCAGGUUACUGGGUAGGAGCCACCAAGAACUGGUUCACCAAGUCGCCUAACUUGUCAGAGGCAAGGCAGUGAGUGAAAAUUGCUGACCCCAUCCCCGUCCAGUGCUUUUCUUAGUGACCCUACAUGUUAGGCAGAGUCCCUGUGAACAGUCGUGUUAAUUUACUGCACACAGCAGCCUAGCUGUGGCCUGUGCUCCACUGCUUGUGUCUGUGAGAGCACUGAACAGGCCAGGUUGAGUACCAAGGCCGAGUACAGAACACUGAGGAGCAUGUAUGUGUCAAGCCUCCCAUGGCACUGUCACCCCGUUAGCCACUGGGUGGCAUGUCUUAGGGCCACCCUGUGGUCAGUAGUGUUCUUGGUUAAUGUGAUGUCUCCUUGCUGCAAACAAGGUCAGGCAGCCUGACACAGGUGUCCUCACCAAGCAUGCAGUGACAGGAAGGCAGCCACUUGACAUCUUUGUUGUUGUUUUUUUUUUUUGUUUUGUUUUUUGUUUUGUUUGUUUUUUGUAGUUUUCCAUCCCUGCAAUGGCCAUCAGUCCAGAGUAGGCACAUGGAUGAGUGAACACUUAGAGAUACUAUUUGGAUUCUUGACACUCAGCCUCAGGAUUGACCAGGAAGUCUUCCAUUUUGCUCGCUUGACAAGCGUGCUUCCUAGUGGAACUGUCACAGGACAGUGCUGUGUCCGUCAGAAUCGACGCUGGGGUCUUACAGCUACCUAACCUUUACAAAGCUGCACAGAGGGCUGGAAGCUGUCCUCGUCGUCUUCACUCAGCCCUCCUCGAAAGCCCGACUUGGCCUGACAUGCCCGUCUGCACGUAGGGCCCUUCCCAUGCUCAUGUUUACACAGGCCCCAGCCCCUCAGCUGCUUUAGUGUCUCAGGUCAGAACCAUCUCAGGGACACCUGCAAAGCCGAGGCCCAAGUUAGCAGUCGGCCCAGGGGCCUCCGUUAGCACGGCUGCUCUGGUGCUGCCCUCUGCGUCACGGAAUAAGCUGGUGACGGGACAGCCUUCAGCCAACAUUGUGAUUGGAGAAGCUGUUCCUUACUUCUGUGUGUGGCUGCAUGCCGCGGUGUGCAUGUGGGAGUCAGAGGCCCACCUAUGAAGUGGUCUGUUCUCCACUUCAGACACGUGGGUCCCAUGCUUGGUGGAAGGCACCUUGGUCCAUGGGGUUUUCUUGCCAGUGCCACGCUUUGUCGUUGUGAGAUGACUGGUUUGUGGAGGCCUUCCCCAGGAGGGUGAGCUUCACACCUCCCUUAGUGAGGUCUGAAACAGUGUAUGGUGCCCUGUCCAUGGGCCAUCUGUGGGCCAGCACCGAAAACAAACCUUUUUCUCCUUGACCUGUAUUUCCCCUGCUGACACCCAUGUCCUUCCUUCAGACUAAAAGUGCCUCUUUCUCCUAACUCCUUGAUUAGACUCAGUCUGUUAGUGCUUCUAGUAUCUUGUUCCCCAGGUACUGGGAUGGUUCUCAUUAACACAGCAGAGUCAGGUGGAUGUAGCUAUUACAUGUUUGCCCAGGGUGCAUGAAAUCCUGGGUUCCAUUCUGUGCAUGGAAUACAUACCUGUAAUCCCAGCACUCAGGUGAAGGCAAGACGAUGUUCCAGGCCAUACUUGGCUAAGAGCCAAGAGCUAAAGGCUCUUGGAUACACGAGAUCCUAUCUUUAAAAAUGAAAUUAGCGUGUUUACUUUAGGCAGCAUUCAUUUGCAGUGUGCUCCAUCAGCUCUGACUGCUACUGUCUGGUUUGCUCAGUUUACUGCUGCGAAUUGUUCCGGCCCCUCCCAUCCCAUUGUCUUUUUGUGCCCAAUCUAUUCUUUAUUAGCAAGUGACAGAAUUCAAGUCUACAAACUGUACUUUCAGUUAGAAGCAACAUCUUGGGGGAAAACACCCUGGAGGUGACAAUAAAUGAGAUUUUAUGAUAA